AGGCCUGCUCUCAGGUCUCAUAUCGUUUGCUCCUGUUAUCGCACCAUCGGGAAACGAAUCAUAACUUGAAAUCCGCGCGGGUAACUGUAAAGGAAUUUUCGUAAAAAUAUUUCAUUUGAAUUAAUGCAUAAGGAUUUACGCAAAAUGCAAUUAUGCACGCGUAAACUAGGCAUUAUCAAGUUGGGACUCGACCCAUAAUGUGUAUUGUAAUCGAACAUGUAAUGUUUAUUAUGUCAGUUUAAUUAUUGCCAUGUGUUGUGAUUAGAAAUCCCAAAAGGCCUACUAUUGAGUUAGUGUAAGCAGUGGAAAUCCUUUUGGAAUGCAGGCAUAUGCAAAAUAUACCAUUUGCUGUACAUUUCGCAUGUCCAUGGUAUGUGCCAACUAAUAACGUUUUUUUGCCUUAAAUACUGUUUGACUGUCAUCGACUUUUUAAUGCACUUACUCACUGAAUAUUUUCACAGCUAAUCUCAAUAAUGUCAUGUACCCCUGCACAUGUACCCCCGCACAUUGACUCUGUACCCGUGCCCCCUGUAUAUAGCCUCGUGAUUGUUAUGUAAUUUCCUUGUGUUACUUUUGAUAAUUUCUGUUUAAAAAAAAGUUUACUUUAGUUUAUUCUGUAAAUAUUUUCUUAACUCUAUUUCUUGAACUGCAAUGGUAGUUAAUAGCUUGUAAGUAAGCAUUUCAAGGUAAGGUCUACUACACCUGUUGUAUUCGGCGCAUGUGACAAAUACAAUACAAUUUGAUCUACCCACAAUGUAUCUUCUUCAUAUUCCUUAGGCUUACAACAGAGGUAGGGGGGGUGACGACGACGACAAAUACAUUAUUUUUAUACUGAGUCUUUGUAUUAUUAUUGUUUAUCAUUUUUAUUGUUUGUUGUUAUUAUUAUUAUUAGGCCUAUUGUUGUUAUUAUUAUGCUAUUAUACAUGGAAUUUGUGGAUGGGGAUUUGUGAGGUAUAGCUUGGACAAUGUCUUGGAAGAAUUGCUUUUAAUUAAUGGUGAAAUGUUCUGUCAUGGCUUUACGUCAACAAACAUCUUAGCCUACAAGACAUGGUUUUAAAUUCACAACCUCAUUACAAGACGAUUGUAUACAGCCUUAUACCUAUAAACAGAAGGUCGUGGAUACGAUGUUCUUCUUUUCCCAGGUGCAUUGAGGCAUGUUCUUAAGGUAAAUAUUUUUUUCCAACAUGAAAUAGGCUUUUGUGUUUGCAAAGGGGUAAAGAGGCGGAAAAGAGAGAGGCUCUGAACUGGCUUCCAUGUCAUACACUUAAAUUCUCCAUAGAAACUCUGAUCUUAACGCGGAAACUUUAUUAAACCCUGAUGGUGGAUUGAUAAGACCGAAUUUCUCUCGGCUUCAUUUUAUUGUGGAGACCGGGGAGGGAUGACAGAGGUAAAUUGCUAUUUUAAUUAAAGCAAUGCACCAGAGGAAAUUGCUGUCUGAAUAUUGUCUCAGAGAUGGGGUUUGUGACAGUUGCCUGGAAACUUCAAUCUGUCCCACAUUUAUUCCAGAUCACAGUUAUAAGAUAAAGUUUAAUACAAAUCUUUGCCCGAAUGAAAUCCAACCCUUUCUUGAACAACAGCUACAAUGAAACAGAACUGCGGAGGAAACGUUAUGUUUAACAUGUAUCUCUCAGAUCCAACAGAACAACUGUUGAAAGAAAGCAAAAGUGGAUCCUGGAGUCCCUCAAAUACAGGGGCGCAAAAAGGUAGUGGACAGAUUCAGCUAUGGCAGUUUCUCCUCGAACUCCUGUCAGACAGCGCCAACAUGUCCUGCAUUACCUGGGAAGGGACGAACGGAGAAUUCAAGCUAAUUGACCCGGAUGAGGUGGCCCGGCGAUGGGGCGAGCGCAAAAGCAAGCCCAACAUGAACUACGACAAACUCAGCCGCGCAUUGCGGUACUACUACGACAAAAACAUCAUGACAAAGGUCCAUGGGAAGCGAUAUGCUUACAAGUUCGACUUUCACGGCUUGGCCCAGGUGUGUCAACCCUCAACAACAGAGCAAGCGCUUUAUAAAUUCCAGAGUAAUUUUGCCCCUAUUCCCUUUUCAGGGAUUUCCAAGCUAAGCCUCGUUGGUCCAGGCGUUGGUCCGUCCGGAUUCUCCUAUUGGCCGGGUUCGCCACCCACUCUCUACCACAGUCACAACCUCCAACCCCCGGGACCAUUUGGUGCUGUGUCCGCUUCGCACAUCAACUGUGUCAACAACAUCAACAACCUGAAUAAUAUCAAUAACCACUACAAUUGACUACUAUUAAUCCACCAAUGAGGCCUAAUCAUAAUUAUUGACGAUUGAUGUAGUUAAAAGCGUGCCUUUUUGGAUUAGGCCUAAUGAUGAUUUUUCCUUUCGAAAUGUUAUCUUGUGAACCCAAGACAUUGUCUGAUCCUAACUGAAUAUGCCAAGGCGCAAUUCAUUAAACAUUUUGUGCAAUAUUUCAAAUGUAAUAACAUGCGUUUUCAGAUAGGCUGUGUAUUUUAGACUAAACCCAGAUUAAGAA